ACCUAAGGGGCCGCUGUUGUUCGUUUGCCACGCAGUACGUCUACGACAAGUACGGGCAAGAGGCCAACAUGGUGACAUACAUCGCUUUCCACUGGAACAUACUGCGGUGCCUUAGUUUCAGCGUGGACUUGAUCCGCGCUGAGCGAAGCAAGCCCGAGGAGAGUCGCACACAGUGGCCUCCGUAUUGGAAGACGCUGGCCUACGUGAUCUACAUGCCCACGGUGUACCUGGGACCACUUCAAAACUACGAUGACUACGCGGCACAGGUAGACAAGGCGAGGCCACCAUGCACUCCACGCGAAGUAGGCGCCGCCUUCUUGGGUGUGCUGCGGAGCGGGGCUCACUUUCUUCUGAUGGAAGUCAUGACCCACUACCUCUAUAGUUCGGCCAUGUCCGAGUGGCCCUGGAUGAUCGGGAAGCUUGAUCCCACCAGCCUCGUCGGCUUCGGCCUCGCUCUGCUGUUUUUCUUCUACGUGCGCUACGUGUUCACGUACGGCUUCGCCGGUGCCUUGGCUCGUGCCGAAGGAAUCCAGAUCCCGCCACACGCCAAGUGCAUAGCCAGGCUGAACCGAUGCUCUCAGUUCUGGAGGUACUUUGACAGAGGAAUGCACCUAUUCAUUCGAAGGUAUUUCUACGAGCCCGUGGCAGGCAGCCGCAAAGGCGCUGGGUGGUUGCUGUUGGGCGCAGCGGCGUCGUUCGCCUUCACCUGGUUCUGGCACGACAUGACGAAGGCGGACGGCAUAUGGUGCGCGCUCAGCGUGCUCGGCAUCGCCGUCGAAGUACUAGUAGCCGAGGCCAGGAAAUCGGCGUUCGCCAAAACCCUCGAGGGUCGUUACCUGGCGACACCUGACCGAAUGCGAGAGGCCAGAGCGUUACUGGGCUCCCCACACUACCUGCUCACCAUCUGCGCUUGCAUGUUUCACCUGGCUGAACUGGACGUGGUGCUGAUCCUCUGCAGAAGAGUACUUCUUGGUUUUCCCUUCCCACUCGUACCUGUGUUGGUGGUCCUGUACAGCGCCUGCCACGUCUCUUUCGACAUUACAGAGUGGGAAGCAACAGCAAAGAGAAAACAAGCUUAGCAACCACCUAACACUGUGUUCCUCUACGACAUCAUUUGCCCGCCUACAUCGCUAGGGUUAAAGCCACUCUCUGCCUAACCCUUGCUUGGCUCAUUCAUGAUAUUUUGGAAUUUCGCUCCGUAGCUGGUUUCUUGUU